AUUCAUUGUAUUUGAAAAUAGGCACCGAUAUUAGAAUUGGAGAAGGUGUUGAACCCGGGGGCUACGCGGACACAACGCACGCAUCCUGUAUGAAAAUGGUUGCCUAAGUUCAUCCUAUAAUCUCAGCAACUUCCGUUGUAGUCUCUCAAUCUCUGACCUUUUCUGAUUUAAUCUAUGCGGAAAAAUAGUGAUUCGACUUUUUAAUUCUCGAAAUUUCUCGUCAUCUUCCACCAAAGCUUCCUGUCCUAGGUCAACACACCAUGUUCAACUUCUGGCCCCUUUCCCACGGAACGCGGCCUUCGUCAGAUCACGAACCCGGCUAUGACGAUUGCAUCGAAUGUGAGCCCGACCCGCCCGACACCAUCCGUGUUCGUAUCGGGUCUCACUCUACUUGCGUGUACGGGUACCCCUCGUCCGGCGGCGUGCUCGUACUGCCGCACUGUAAUGGUGUCGACUUAUCGUUUCUCGGGCUGCCGCGCUUCGACUCUUGCGAUCGUUCAGAUGAUCCCGAGGUUGAAGACCGCCACUGCGCUCUCAUGAGGAAGCUAGGCGCUUGGAAAUUCACAAGCGUCGGCGAAUAUGAAUUCGCGGAACUCUUACAACCGGACACCUUGGAUCGAAAGAAAUUAGUAAUCGCAGCAUGGCUACAGAGCGGAGAAGGCGUGUGGGUUCUAGUUACGGACAGGUGUGAGGCGGGGGGGAAGGGGGUAGGAAGUAUUUGGAACGCGUUUAGUAUGGACGAAAGGUGUCAGGAGGUGGAGAAGUUUGGUGGAAUAUUUUACCAAGAUCCAGCCAAUUGUCCGGACCUGGAGCUUUGAGCUUUUCUGAAGAUCCGAUUUUGUACCUCAUUUUUGGCGCGUACAUGUACAAGUGCAUAAGUGGCGUCGAUAUUGACAUUCAAGGCUUUCUCUAGGAGGAUUAUGAGAGGAUACGGUAUUAACCUGGAAGACAUAUUGCUGCCUGGGAAAACAACUGUUGACU